AUGAGUAAAGCUAGAGAGAUAGCUGUGAGUAUGGAAAUGGCUGAUAAUGAGGCCCGGAAGUUGAAAGGUGACAGUAUGGACAAGCCGGAAAAUGUAAACAAAUUUCAUUCAUCGAAGGAAUGUUUUCGCUGUGGUAAAACAAAUCACAAUGCUGACAAGUGCUUCUACAAAAACAGUAAGUGCCCCACGUGUAAAGAUACAGGCCAUUUGCACAAGAAGUGUCCUAAAGGCAAACCUAAGGACAGAUCUACGAAUAGUAAAGGUCAAGUUGGUAACAACCCUGCGGAUAACCGGAAAUCAGGAAAGAAAGGAAAAAAGAGCUCAAAACUGCAUUUCAUGGGGGAUUCAGAAUCUGAGGAAGAAAACACUUCUGUAUGGCCAAUUUUCUCGAUCAAAAGAAAAUUGGGCACAGUUAAGGGGAUCACAGCGUCCAUUAAACUCAAGGAUAAUGCCCAACCCAAGUUCUUUAAGGCCAGAACUGUACCAAACGCCCUCAAGGAUCAAAUUGCUAGAGAACUUGAACGCUUAGAGGCAGCAGGCAUAGUGGAAAAGGUGGAUAGUUCAGAUUGGGCGACCCCAAUUGUUCCUGUCAUGAAACCUGAUGGCUCAAUCAGAAUCUGCGGUGAUUUCAAGAUUACCAUUAAUCCUGUACUAGACGUACCUGAGUACGCUCUUCCCACCAGUGAGGAAUUGUUCACUAAACUCAAUGGAGGACAAAAAUUUUCUAAACUAGAUUUAACCCAAGCUUACAAUCAGGUUCUUCUGGACAAGGAGUCUCGUGAGUAUGUAACUAUCAAUACCCACCUGGGUUUGUAUAGGUACACCAGGCUUCCGUUUGGUGUAGCCUCAGCACCAGCUAUAUUCCAGAGAACUAUUGAAACUGUGUUACAGGGCUUGAACGGAGUUGGGGCUAUUCUGGAUGAUGUUUUGAUAACAGGAAAAGAUGAUGCUGACCAUCAGCGUAAUUUGGAUGCCACACUCCAGCGUUUGGAUGACUAUGGGGGUCCAAAGAAGGGAAUUCCUGUACUAGCAACUUCUCGAUUACAACGCUGGGCUAUACAGUUGUCAUCCUACCAGUUCGACAUCAAGUAUCGAUCGACAACUCAAAAUGGAAAUGCUGAUACUUUAUCACGAUUUCCAGUUGAUACUAGAGACUACACCGAAGUGGAUGAGGAAGCAACAAAGGUGAACAAGCUGCAGUUGAGCAAACUACCAUUAACAGCAAAGCAGAUAGCUAAGGCAACCAAAAGUGAUGUUGUGUUGUCUAGAGUAAUGCAUUUUGUCACCAGUGGUUGGCCACAUGAAAAACCGGAGAACAAAUUUCUUCCUUUUUAUCGUGUUCGGGACGAGUUGACCGUGGAGGAAGGAUGUCUCCUGAGAGGAAUUCGAGUUAUUGUUCCUGAGAGGUACCGUGAGGAGAUCUUGAACGAGUUACAUGGGAAUCAUCCUGGGAUGGUAAGGAUGCAAUCGUUGGCUAGAUUGUAUGUGUGGUGGCCAAACUUGGAUACAAACAUAGAAACUAGGGUGGCAAAGUGUGAAAGUUGUCGGAAACAACUGCCAAACAUGCCACAGUCGCGAUCGAAUCCCUGGUUAUGGGCAAACAAACCAUGGGAACGUGUUCAUAUUGACUAUGCAGGACCGUUCCUAUAUUAA